AUGGAGGAAAAAGAAGAAAAAGAAAAAGAAGAGGAAAAAGGAGAGGAAAAGGAUGAGAGCAACAAUAAUAAUCGCAUCUCUUCUCCGCACGUGGUCGUCGCGCGACAUCCGGAUGAUUUUAACGAUGAUGAUUGUGAUGAUGAUGCAGUCGGGGAAGAAUUUGAAAAGAUGCGGACGAUCUCUUCUCCCUCUUCUCCGCGAAAGACAAAGACGAAGAAGAACAACCCCGACGAUGUGAGCGAUACGUGCGAUGAUGAGAUUCGUGUUCUCGCGAUUUUGGCGGAAAAAAAACGGUACAAGUGGGCGAAAGUGAAAGGCUCGCCGUUUUGGCCGUGCCAAGAAGUGGACGUCCUUCGGUGUAAAGGAAACGUGCCGGAAUUCGUGCGAGAGAAAGUGGAUGGAUUUUUAGAAGCGAAGGGCGUGAAAUUGAUUCAGUUUUUCGGGACGAACGAGUACAUGUGGUAUUUAGAGAAGUCGGACGAGAACGCUUCUUCUCCUCCUCCUCCUCGCAGUGGGAGCAUGUUUCGAAGAGUGGAUGUGGAGUCCUUUCGAGACGGGUGCGAGAAAGGGUACGAUAAGAAAAUGAAACCGGUCGGGUUGAAGAAAGCGAUGAAGGAGAUGUGGGAGUGUUUGAGAAGCGGGGAGGAUCCGUCGGAUGUGAAAAGAGGGGGGUUACAAUGGCACACGAAGAAGAUCGCGGUGGUGGAAGAACCGGAGGAGGAGGAGGAGGAAGAAAAAAAGGCGAAGAAGACGGAAAAGAAGAAAGCGUCUUCGACGGGGAAGAGGAAGAAAGCGGAGGCGAAGAAGACUUCCGCCGCUGAAGAGAAAGAGAUGAAAAAAGCAAAGAAGAUUUCCGAAGAAGUGAAGAGGAGGGAGGAAAAGACAGCGGCGGCGGCGGCGGCGAAGGUGGAACUCGACGCGCGAAAAGAACAGGAAAGGAAAAGGAACGAACCGGCUACUUUAGAAACGCUGUUCGACGACGAAGGCAUCGAAGAGAAACCGUUUCAGUUAUCGUUCGACGUGAUGAGCGCGAGAGAUCCGCCGCCGUUUGAACGGUUACGAAGGAACCGGUGGAUGUGUCGUCAAGCGCCGAAACAGGUGCAUUCGAGCGAGGCGGUGGCGUGUUACUGUCAACCGAUACCGCAUUCGAUAAAAGAAGAAAUAAUGGCGAACGUCACGACUGAGCGGGCGAUGAAGAUGGCGUCGACAGCAUCAGCUGCCGAAGUAGAACAACAAUUUAUUGAAGAGAACGGCCCGGCCACGCCGUCAGAAACUCUCGAAGAUCCUCUAAAUAAUAAUAAUAAUAACAACAACAACAACAACGAAGAGAAAGGGAAAAAAUCGCUGACAUCGAAGCUAUUGCCAAAACUCCGUCUCGGAUGUGGUCACGACUGCGUCAACCGCGAAACGCGAUACACGUGCGACACCAGAGUGUGUCCGUGUGGCGAUGACUGCUCCAACCGACCGUUUCAACACCUCCCUCAACCAAAAGUGAAAGUUCAACUGACGGAAAAUCGCGGCUAUGGAUUGUUCUUACAACAAGAUGUCUUUGAGGGUGACUUUAUCGUCGAAUACAUGGGCGAAAUCGUCGACGAAGAGGAAUGUACCCGACGUUUGUUGGCGUGCAAAGGCAAAAACGAACCGAACUUUUACCUCAUGGAAAUCACCCCGUCACAAAUCAUCGACGCUCGAUUUUGUGGCAACAACGCUCGAUUUAUCAAUUCGAGCUGCCAUCCAAAUUGCGAGACGCAGCGGUGGGUAGACGCGUCCACGAACGAAACCAGAGUUGGUAUUUUCGCCACCGAGGACAUCAAAUCCGGCACGGAGCUGACUUACGACUACAACUUUGCGCACUUUGGCGGCGAAGGCACGACAUCGUUUACCUGCUUCUGCGGGCACCCGAUGUGUAAAGGCACUUUAGAUGCCAACCCAGAACGCAUGCGAAGGUUCAUGGACAGAGUCACGGUUACGAUGAAAAAUGGCGACGUGAAAACUGGAACGGUUUUAGAAUACACGGUGAACAAAAAAUACAAACUGUUGCUCGACGACGAGCAGGACGUGAAAGUGUGGUCAAAGUCGAAGAAAUCCGAGGAAGAAAAAGCCGAGUCGGCGUUGAAAAAGACGAAGAAUCGAAAGUACAUCACGGUGAACUUGGACAACGGCGAUUUCGCGAGCAAGAAAGGCGGCAAGAAGGACGCGAAACUCGCGUGCGUCUGGUUGACCAACAGAACGAACUUCACCGAGAGCAAAGUAAAAAAGAAGAAGGUGGACGAGAAAAAGAAGAGCGCGACGACGACAAAGAAAAAAGCGGGGAAGAGGAAGCGACCCCGGGCGGCGACGAAGAAGCUCAAAGAACAAGAACAAGAACAAGAACUAGACAAAAAAACGCCGACGACGCCUCUCAAAGAAAUCGUCCUCAGUCCGGUGAAACGACUCGUCGAAAACGCCAUCGCCAACGUCGUCACAUAUAUUUACUAA